AAAAUCAAGAACAAAUAAAACAAAAUUAAAAUAACAGGUUUUGAGAAGCUAAUAAUUAAGGCUGAAAAUGGUGGGGGUGAAGAGAUGCAUUAUUAUGGCAUGGUUAGGCGUGUAUCUAACCUUCACGAGCCAUGCGAAUGCAGACAACAGUAGCAGCUACUGCGUUACGGCAGAUGACAAAAAGUUCUGCGAGAAAGUGGUGCAGGGAGCCGCGGACUGGAACCAGGCAAUGUGCAUGGCCAUAUCAGAGGCUAUGAAACACAUAACUUCAAUCACCAAUAGUGAUUACAGGGCUAUGAUCCAUAGAAGUAAGUCGGCCACUCUGGGAAAGACCAUUGAUAGCCUCUGCCAUCACUCCUACAGUAACACCCGAGAAAGAUUGAAGGAGAGUUUGGAGUUGGCCCGUAGCGGAGACAAGUACAGUAGCUUGAACUUAAAACUCUCAUCGGCAUUAACCAGUCUUGAAGAUUGUAGCAGUGUGUUUUUUGAUUUAAAGUAUGAUUAUUCUUCUCUUAUGAAAAUGAAUCGCGAUCUCAAUCACUGCAUCAGAGUUUGUUUGGCUGUUGAUAAAUCCAAGGCUCUCGAAGAAAAGCAGAAGGCUACACAGGCUGCACUUACUACAUAUUUCGAAGUUUAAUUGGAAAGAAGAAAUAAUAAAGGUUACGUUCCUGGCUGCCUGGGCGUAUAUGUUUUUUUUUAAUGAUAUAUGUUUCAAAAAAUUAGGUUGUAAUAUAUAAUAUCAGUAUGUAGAUGGGAGAUCCAUAUAUAGAGAUUCAUCUAUCUCUCAUCUCUAUCUGGCGAUGAGAAGUAGCAUUAUAUUGCCCUUUGGGAUAUUUAUAUAAUAAAGUUUAAAUUUUGAUUCUUU